AUCGUCAUUCACUUUCUACUGGCAUCUACAACUCUCUAUAUAGCGCGAUCGCCCUCUUCCUCCUUAUCUACAGGAGAAUACAGCGACUAUGGCAUCAACCCUGCAAUGUGAAUAUGAUGGCAGGCAAUUCCAAGAAUCCACACCCUCUAAAGAAGGUCCUCUCCUCUAUCUCCUUGUGUCACGUCUCUCACCGUCAGUCGAGAUGCCUUUAGACUUCUAGCCGAUCUCCAUUUCUCUCACAUGCGCAGACAAUCUGCCAUAGCCCCUUAUUACUGUUUCUUGGCAAUGCCAGAUAGUUUGCACCUCCCAACCCAGGUCUGUUUCUUCAUUCUUAUUCUUCUCUUCGUUGUUUCGAUUAUCCUUCUACCAUCUUGUAACUCUUCCAACGAAGUCGUCAUUUCGACUUCAUCAUGCGUUCUUUUUCACCCACCCUCCUUUUUCUACUUCUGUCUCUUAUAUCACACUUCGUCGUUGCCGUCCCUAUCGCAACUUCCGUGACUCAACACCGCUUGAAACUGCGUAAGCUUCCUGUCGCCCGAGACGAUGAACACCCAGUUGUGGCUUUUGAACGUCACUAUGAUGCUGCCACUCGGCGUUUACACCAUUACCAGCGACUAUCUCCCCCCGAGAUAACCUACCUUAAAGGACUGACUAAGGAAAAGCGCCAAACGAUUGAAAGAGAUACCAUGCUUCGCAACCGUACAUGGACCCCUCGACUGCUUAGGAAGAAAAGGUCCAAUCAAUCCUCAAAGAGGGCAUACUGGCGAGAGGGAGACAACGAGCCUUCUGGAAUCUCGGUACCCCUUCCCAAAUUCCACCUGCUGGCCAUUAACAGCACUGGUACCGCCGCUGCGGCCGCGACCAGAACUGUCACCGCUUCCGGAUCCAACGCCAAUGGAUUUAGUCAAGCCGCUGCUGAUACAGACAUUGUCUUGACCAACUCUACCAGCGCUUUGGUUCAAGGUGGCUCCCCCGCAAUCAUUGAUGCGAAUGACAUUGGGUAUCUCUGCGAGAUCCAGAUCGGCACCCCACCUCAAUCUUUCUUGAUGCUUAUGGACACAGGUAGCGCUGAUACAUGGGUUCCUUCCACUGAAUGCUUACCCCAAAAUUGCGGUAAUCAUCUCUCCCUCGGCGCCAACACAAGCAGCACAUUCCAGGCAUCCAACCGGACUUUUCAAGUGACCUACGGCUCUGGUGCCGUCUCUGGGAUUAUUGGAGCCGAUACUGUGACUGUUGCCGGCAUGACUCUUGAAAAUUACUCAAUGGGUGCCACUCUACAGGAAUCCGUUCAAUUCGGAGACGACAACAUUCCAUUUGAUGGGUUGAUGGGUUUAGCUAUGAAUCAACUGUCUCAUCAAGGCGUGCCUACUCUUGUAGAUUCUCUCCAAUCUGCUGGGCUCAUUCAAAAUGCGAUUUUAGGUAUCGCGCUCGGACGUUACGCUGAUGGCGAGAACGACGGAGAACUCGUAUUUGGGCAAGCUGACGCCUCAAAGUUCGACCCUUCUACAACUCAGACGCUCCCUGUUACCUCUGAUGAUGGCUUUUGGCAGGUCACCAUGUCAGCGGUGACGAUCGAUGGGCAGGAUGCUGUUAUCAACCGGCAAGCCAUUCUCGACACUGGAACAACACUCAUGAUGGCGCCCAACGACGAUGCCAUGGCCUUCCAUGAAUUGAUCAACGGGUCAGCAAGCAUCGGUAGCGGCAUGUUUUCUAUUCCGUGCACGAUUGAACAAGUCGUGACGAUGACCUUUGGGAAUGUCGCGUUCCAAAUCGACGUUCGCGACCUCAUAUUCCAACCCAUCACCGACGAUCUUCGAGGCAAUUGUGUCUCGUCUCUUUCUGCCGGUACGAUUAAAAACGGCGACACAUGGCUCCUCGGUGAUUCCUUCCUGAAGAAUGUGUACAUGACCACCAAUGUGGACGAUAAAACCGUCCAACUUUCAGCUCGAACGAACGCCCCUGGGUCCUCGAGCCUUGAAUGAGUGGCAUUGAAAUCACUACUAUCACGAUCGCUGUUGGGGACCAAGUCUUGACCGGCUGUUUGGUGUGUCUUCUCGCUAUUACAGAAGGCCACAAUUUUGUGUUAGGGACAACCGGACUUUUGGAGGAUAAAAUGUCAACGUCGGUCUCAUCGACGAGGGGCCUUAUAAGUUUAGUUCAGUAUAUUAACCGUACAAUAUCGCUCGCUUGCGCGUUUUUCUACUCUUGUGAU